AUGAGGAUGAAGCCUACGGCCCGUGGAUGGUCGUUCAGAGGACAAAGCGCGGAAAAAAAACUAGUAGGAAUACAAAGGCAGCGAGUAGUUGAGGAAAUGGAGCGAGAGACAAUCAGAACGUACAGAGGAGCGGCUAGCAAGGCCUUUAGUCACACUCUUAGAGAAUUAACCAAGGUGUAUAAACCUGAUUUAGUUAUUCUUAUGGAGACUAGAUGUAGUAGUGAUAAUGCAAAAAAGGCUAUUAAAAGUUUUGGGUUUGAUUUUUAUCAUAUAGAAGAGGCUCAGGGAUAUAGUGGAGGUAUUUGGAUUAUGUGGAAAGAUCCGGAUUUAGACAUAAGAGUUGUCCAAUCCAAAAUGCAAUUUGUUCACAUGAUUAUGAAAAACGACUCUAACAAAUCUUGGGCUCUAACUGCUGUGUAUGCUAGCCCUCAAGAAUCAAGAAGAAAGGAGUUAUGGGCAGAGUUGAAGAGGAUAAGUGUUACCUUAACUGGAGGGUGUCUGGUAGUAGGAGACUUUAAUGAUAUUGCUCACCCAACAGAGAAGCAAGGAGGGGCAGUAGGAGCCAGAUUCACUUGGAGAGGCCCCCAGUGGGAGAAACUAGACAGAGUUUUCAAAAGACUCGAUCGAGCACUCUCUAAUGCUGACUGGGGUUUGAUGUUCCUGAAAGCCAGAGUUGAUGUGUUAUCUAGAAAAAAUUCUAGUCAUCACCCGUUGGUGAUCAAUACAAAGCCUCAAGCUAAUACAAGAAUAGAAAAGCCUUUUCGCUAUGAAGCCAUGUGGAGUAUGCACCCUGGACAUAAGGAAUUCAUAAAACAGGCUUGGGACAGCAACCAACCACUGAAAAUAGUGCUUAAUGGGACAACGAGACAACUGAUAAAGUGGAAUAAAGAUGUGUUUGGACAUGUUAGAAGACAGAAGAGAAAAAUUAUUAACAGGAUUGAAGGCAUACAAAGAGCUUCCAGCUAUGAGAAAAAUCCAUUCUUAGAAAAACUAGAGGCAAAGUUAAAUAAAGAAUUAGAAGACAUUUUAGACAAGGAAAAAAUUUUGUGGAUACAAAAGUCUAGAGAUCUUUGGGUGGUGGAUGAAGACCACAAUACCCGAUACUACCACACUAGAACAGUGAUUAGAAGAAGAAGGAAUAAGAUCUUGAAAUUGAAAGACUAA